GUAAACAACAGGUACCUUCCAAUGAGUACCUCCAACUCCGCAACCUUCCCAACUUCCCUGUACUCACUAGUUAUUAAUUAGUAUCCAAAUGUAUAUCUUUCAACGCUCUUUGGCGUACCAUUGAAUAAUUGCACUUUCACCUUAACUUAAAAUAUGAGCAAGCGGAAGAUCCCUAGGAUUAUCUUACAAAGAUCGCUGAUAAUGGAAGUGCGGAAAAGACGCGAGCUUUGGGACUUUAACCACGAGAGGUACAACAACAAAAUGGUCCUGCUCAAAGCGUGGGACGAUAUCUCCAAGAUAUUCAACACGUCAAGUCGUAAAAUCGAAAUCCAAUGGAGGAAAUUAAGGGAUCUGUACAGGAAGGAGCUGCUCCAGCAUAGGAAGACUGGGAAGGCGAGUACCUGGCAACACUACGAGAAGCUAUCAUUCCUCAAAAACGCCUACGACUAUAGUUUAAAAGCGAAUACUGUCGGUUCAAGUGACGAAAAGUCCGAGGACCAAGACUCAGACCGAGACAGCCUCAAUGAGUUAAAAAUCAUAAAGACAGAAAGUCUAAAUUCACAAGAGUUGGUGUUUGAAAGCCCAGAAACCGGUCUGCAAGAGGAGGUAGAGUCAAAAGUAUUUAGAAAUCUAUCUGACGAUGGACUCAAAGAUUUCCUGUUAAGUUUACUGCCAGAGAUUGAACCGAUGGAUAAUAAACAAAUGAGAGAAUUUAAAAAACAAGUCUCUAGCCUUGUUCAAUCAAUUCUUGACUAAAUGAUAAAGAAAUGUAUUUUUCCUAUGUACAUUAAAGAAAGGUGGACCAAAGUAUUUUUAAAAAUUAAAAUAAACGUGAAGUCAGAUUAAUUUUAUGUUUGUAAAUUGAUAAUCCACCUCAACAA